AAAGCAGAGCACAGCAAGCUAGCCAGCAAAAGGGGGGAAAAAAAAAGAGAAAAAAAAGAAAAAGCAGCAGCUGCAGCAGCAAAGAAAGCAGAAAAGUUAAGUAAGAAAGGUUGCAGCAGGAAAAAGGGAAGAAACCUUGGAUCUGCAGAACACAUACAUACAUACAUACAUACAUGUCCCCCUCUUUUUCUCUGUCUCUCUACUUCAUCAUUAUUUGAGCUGUAAUUUGCUCGCUCGCUUUUUGCUCGUUUUAAAAUCCUUUGCUCGGGUAAUUAAGUAAGGAAGGAAGGAAGGAGGACGCUCGUGUUAUUGUUGGCUUGUUUUUGUGAACGAAUUCGGCUACGAAUGGGAGCUCGCUGCUCCAAAUUCUCGCUCUGUUGGUGGCCUCCCCACUUCAAAUCCUCCGUUCUCGAAUCCACCGAUCUCGAGAAUGGGGGAGAGGGCGAUGCGGCGGCGGCGGCGGCGUUCGCGGAGUUCGGGUUGGACGAGCUCCGGGCGGCGACGGACGGGUUCUCGCCGGAGCGAAUAGUGUCGGAGCACGGCGAGAAGGCGCCCAACGUCGUCUACCGCGGCACGCUCUUCCACACCGGCCGCGUCGUCGCCAUCAAGCGCUUCAACCGCGCCGCCUGGCCCGACGCGCGCCAGUUCCUCGAGGAGGCGAGAUCGGUGGGGCAGCUGAGGAGCGAGAGGUUGGCGAACCUAAUUGGAUGCUGCUGCGAGGGGAAUGAGCGGCUCCUCGUCGCCGAGUUCAUGCCCCAUGAAACCCUAGCUAAGCACCUGUUCCACUGGGAUACUCAGCCUCUGAGUUGGGCGAUGAGGAUAAGGGUUGCGCUGUACUUGGCGCAGGCGUUGGACUAUUGCAGCAGCAGAGGGAAAGCUCUCUAUCACGAUCUCAAUGCGUACAGAGUGCUCUUCGAUCAGGAUGGUAAUCCCAGGUUGUCCUGUUUCGGCCUCAUGAAGAACAGCAGGGAUGGGAAGAGUUAUAGCACUAAUUUGGCCUUCACGCCUCCAGAGUACCUUAGAACAGGGAGAGUGACACCAGAGAGUGUUGUGUACAGCUUUGGGACUCUUUUGCUUGAUCUUCUAAGUGGAAAGCACAUUCCACCAAGUCAUGCUCUUGAUUUGAUCCGUGGUAAGAACUUUCUUGUACUGAUGGAUUCUUGUUUGGAGGGGCAUUUCUCCAGCACCGAUGGAACUGAGGUGGUGCGAUUAGCUUCUCGCUGUUUGCAAAUCGAACCUCGUGAGAGGCCAAAUGUAAAGUCGUUGGUGACUGCUCUCACAUCUCUUCAGAAAGAUGCAGCGGUUCCUUCAUAUGUAAUGAUGGGAAUUGAACGUGCACCUGCCACCACAGUGCAAAGGCUUUCGGUAUCUCCUCUUGGCGAAGCUUGUUCCAGAGUGGACCUUACUGCCAUACAUGAAAUGCUGGAGAAAGUUGGAUACAAGGAUGAUGAGGGAGUCGCCAAUGAGCUAUCUUUCCAGAUGUGGACCAACCAAAUGCAGGAGACUCUGAAUAGCAAGAAACAUGGAGAUUCUGCUUUCCGAGCUAAAGAUUUUGGAACUGCAAUUGAGUACUACACUCAGUUUAUUGAUACUGGCACGAUGAUUUCUCCGACUGUAUUAGCUCGUCGCUGCUUGUCUUACCUAAUGAGCAACAUGCUUCAAGAAGCCCUAGGAGAUGCAAUGCAAGCACAAGUGGUAUCGCCCGAGUGGCCGACUGCUUACUAUCUACAGGCGGCGGCGCUUCUCAGCCUCGGAAUGGAGAGUGAUGCCCAAGAAAUACUAAAAGAUGGUGCUACUUUGGAAGCCAAAUUCAACAGCAGGAACAGAACUGUAUAGCUCUGAAUGGUAGAUUUUUUUUUUUUUUUUUUUUUUUUUUUGGGUUUAUAUCAGCCCUCUUUUGGGUUUUUCCAUGGGUUUGCCACCAUGUAGGGCUGUUUAUGGGUUCUCCUUUUUGCUUUAUUUCCUGUUGAUUUGUCUUCAAGGUGAUUUCAGCUUUUGCUAAAUGAGCUUGGUAUUCUAACACACAUCCCUUGUAUGCAAAGUUCUACAGUGAUCAGUAAAACUUAUCUCCACUAUGCAUUUGGGUCCAA